CCGAUAAUUGGGGGCGAAUAUCUAAUUUUCCUUUUGUGAAUAUUCAGGGAGGGAUAAAUAAAAACAACUGUCAUAUGGUCCACGACCUACAGCGUUUCACCCACUGGCCACACGGUGUCUGCCCAGCUGGAUUGGUUCUUCAGAGGAUGCUCGCCACCUAUCACGAUGCUUCGUUCAGUUUCUUCACGUCGCUAGAUAUUUUACCAGCAACAUCAACACUAUUUCAUGCAGUCAGGUGGCUAGUAUACGGAACGCCCUUAGUUCAUAAUUGCACCCGAAAAGUGCUCUGCUCUCCUGAGGUAGACCACUGAUGGAGCAGCGACAUACAAGCUCUGGGGACAGUCGUUGUCAUGUUUCCAUGCGUUUCCUCCUGGCCCUCUGCUGAGCCCCCGUCGCCCUGCGGUCAUGUAUCCCUGCCCACACACACUCACACACAGCCCCUGCCUGACCUACUGUGCAGCUGCCCUGCCCCGCAGAUGAACCCUCACCCCCUCCCAGACUACAUGGAGUCCCUUAUCGUGGUGACCGAGUACGAGCCCAAGGGGGGUGAUGAGGUGGAGGACAUGGAGUGCUCUGAGACGCCCUUCAGAACCCACUCCUGCGACCUGCUGUCCCACUCUGUGGGCCACCCCGAGGCCCUGUCCCCUGAGCCCCAGGGGCACAGGGGAAGACUAAACCUGUCAGACCGGAAGCUGUCCCUGCAGGAGCGCUCCCAGACAGCCUCGUCCCCCAACGGGCGCUACAUCUACCCCUCGCUGCCCUACUCGCCCAUCACCUCGCCCCAAUCCUCCCCGCGGCUGCCCCGUAGACCCACCGUGGAGUCUCACCGCGUCUCCAUCACUGACCUGCAGGACUGCGUGCAGCUCAACCAGUACAAGCUGAAAGAUGAAAUCGGAAAGGGCUCCUAUGGUGUUGUCAAGCUGGCCUACAAUGAAGACAACAACACUUAUUACGCGAUGAAAGUGCUGUCCAAGAAGAGGCUGAUGAGGCAGGCAGGUUUCCCACGGAGACCACCCCCCCGCGGAGCCAAAGCAGCCCCCGAAGGCCCCCCUCAGCCAAAAGGACCGCUAGAACGGGUCUACCAGGAGAUUGCCAUCCUAAAAAAGCUGGACCAUCCCAAUGUAGUGAAGCUAGUGGAGGUUCUUGACGACCCUGGUGAGGACCAUCUGUACAUGGUGUUCGAGCUGGUCAAAAAGGGGGCUGUGAUGGAGGAGUUGCCCACGGACAAGCCGCUAAAUGAGGACCAAGCUCGGUUCUACUUCCAAGACCUAGUCAGGGGGAUUGAGUUCUUGCAUUACCAGAGGAUCAUCCACCGGGACAUCAAGCCCUCUAACCUCCUGGUUGGGGAGGACGGUCACAUUAAGAUCGCUGACUUCGGGGUCAGUAACCAGUUUGAGGGGGCCGACGCCCUCCUCACCAGCACGGUAGGCACGCCCGCCUUCCUCGCCCCCGAGACCCUCUCCGAGACCAGGAAGAACUUCUCUGGCAAGGCAUUGGACGUUUGGGCCAUGGGAGUGACGCUGUACUGUUUCGUGUUCGGAGUGUGUCCCUUUAUGGAUGAACGCAUCAUCAGUCUUCAUCAGAAGAUCAAGACUCAGCCAGUGGAGCUGCCAGAGCAUUCAGACUUAUCUGAUGAUCUGAAAGAUCUGCUACUGAAGAUGCUUGACAAGAAUCCAGAGACCAGGAUAUCAGUACCGCAGAUUAAGGUGCACCCGUGGGUGACGCGGCGAGGAGCGGAGCCCCUCCCUCUGGAGGAUGAUAACUGCUGCAUGCUGAUCGAGGUGACUGAGGAGGAGGUGGAGAACUCUGUCAAACACAUCCCCAGUCUGGCCACUGUGAUCCUGGUGAGGACCAUGCUGAGGAAGCGCUCCUUUGGGAACCCCUUUGACUGGGGCCGCCAGAGAACCGAAGACCGAGGCACCGGUCUGUCUGCACCAGGACACGUGCUCACCAACCUCUUAAUCUGCCCCCCUCCCCCUCCUGCCCGCCAGCAAAGGGAGAGCGGGCAAUGUGAGAUGCUGCUACAUUCAUAGUAACCAAAGAAGGAAACAAGAGAGUGGGGAGGGCAUGAGAAGUAUGGACCUGCCCUUGGUGGGCGAAGAUGAGACUCUUUCCUGAUGCGGUGUGGUUUCUCAGCGCGAGGGUGAAGGCAUGCUAGCGAAUUAUGUUGGUUGAAGCCACUAAUGUCUUUUGUGGAGGUGGACAGGACUGUUAUAGGGAUGUGACGGGAGCCUGAACACCCUUUUGGUGAAAGCUCCCUCCUGACUGUCACUCACUAACACCCAUCUGUAAUGCAUGCUCAUGUUUCUAGUCAUAGCAUGCUCUGUCACAGGCUUCUGAUAUAAAGGUCUGUAUUUUAGCCUAGGUACAUGUGUUUCUCCAGGCCUCCUCCGUUUGAAAAGGCUCUCACGUUUACUGCAGGGGUAUGGGGACGGGAAGGGGUGUUUGUGGACGGCUGUACAUUUUCAAGGGGCGACCCCUGUCCCCCACAUGUUAAUAGAGCAAGUUACUUAACUAUGAUUGUCUGGACCACUCACCAUUAAUGUGGACAGUUUUGUAACGAUAAACAGGAGAGGUUUAUUGAAACGAAAAAAGGUUUACUACAUUCCUGGUAUGCAUGCGAGUUUGUUUCUUUCCCAGUGCAGCCAUUGUUUACGCUACAUAAGCUGCACAAUCAUAAAAUUAGUUAUCGAUGCACAAACUAUUUAUUUGAUUAAUUCAGUCCUCACUAAUGGUUUGUUGUAAAAUGUCUCCCAGUUACUACAACUGGGGAAGAGCUUCUAAAAAAAAUGACGUGUUUUCUAACGCACUUACUUCUUAAACGUGUGGCGGGCCAAGGGGGAUGAUACAAUGUUGAAGCUCAAGUCAAAAUAAUGUGUUUGUGGCAUGUUUGUUUCUUUAAGCUUUUUAUAUGUUAAUAGAUUGACGGGUGUGGUUUUUAAACCUCUCAUUUUCAGGACACCAAAAAUAAAUUAAAUUGUGUAUUUUGUAAACUAAUAGCAAACACCUUUAAAACAAGUGACUAUUUCUAACUGCAAUGUCAUUGUGAAAUGGUAGGAGUUAUUGUCUCUUACAAAUGAAUUUCACUCCCAGGCAUAUAGUGUGGCUGCAGACCUCUUGUACAAAUCUAUGCAUGACAUAUCUGUUACGGAAAUGUUGGAAUUAGUUUGAAUUAGAUAAAGUUGUCAUCAGAUAUGGUAAGAUACAGAUGCUAGUAGAACUCCGACAUUGUCCCCGGAGUGCAACUCUUUUUCCAUGGCUAAGCGGUCGAAUGAUCUUCCUAGUUGUCUUGUGGCAUGUUUUUUUUAUUUUUUAAAUGUUUACCUCUUGCAUUUUUUUUGCACGUAGUUAGACUGUGUUUGUGUAUGGAUAGCUAUAGUCGCUGGACAUGUUUGUGUAUGGAUAGCUAUAGUCGCUGGACAUGUUUGUGUAUGGAUAGCUAUAGUCGCUGGACAUGUUUGUGUAUGGAUAGCUAUAGCCGCUGGACAUGUUUGUGUAUGGAUAGCUAUAGCCGCUGGACAUGUUUGUGUAUGGAUAGCUAUAGUCGCUGGACAUGUUUGUGUAUGGAUAGCUAUAGUCGCUGGACAUGUUUGUGUAUGGAUAGCUAUAGUCGCUGGACAUGUUUGUGUAUGGAUAGCUAUAGUCGCUGGACAUGUUUGUGUAUGGAUAGCUAUAGUCGCUGGACAUGUUUGUGUAUGGAUAGCUAUAGUCGCUGGACAUGUUUGUGUAUGGAUAGCUAUAGUCGCUGGACAUGUUUGUGUAUGGAUAGCUAUAGUCGCUGGACAUGUUUGUGUAUGGAUAGCUAUAGA